ACUCCACUACUUCUUCUUCUAGUUACUCGAUCCAUUCUGCUCGCUCUUUCCCCUCUUCAAAUGCGCCUUCUUCCCCCACUCAUUCCUCUAUUGACAUGCCACCCCCCUCACCCUCAUUACCUUCCUCUCCUACAUCCGCCACCACGUCCACCACAUCACUGACACCUACGACACCCAAUGGCUUUAUGACCUCGGAUGACUACUCAACAGCGUCACAGAGGUCGUCUCCCUCACGUACAAUGAUGCUGAGUGCCAUUCCUCUUCGACAAACUAUCACGCUUGUCACACAAGACCAGAAGUCCUUCGUCUCAGCCUCGUCCUCAAAUUUACCAACUGUCUAUGAAGAUUCAGAGCGCCGAAUUGAAGACUGUGUUAUGGUCAGACGACCACUGCAAGCCGCUUAUGCUCAACGAUGGGCUGUCAGUCGGACGCGGACGAAGGCAUGGACCAGGACAGCCCGCCGACGUGCGAGGACCGCCUAGGUUAUGCUCAAGGUUUAAGACACAGGAGACAUUCCGGCUUCAAGGCUUUGCUUGACAGGGUGCGUAUAGCAUGUUCAGGGCAAUGCGGGUGACAUGCGGCGGAUUCGUGCAUGUGCUGCGGACUGAAUGGGUGAGAAGGUCAGUUGAAGGUGAGAACGAAACGGAUGGACGGAUUGAAUAUCUUUUGGUUCUGAAUACUUUGGAUAUGCUAAGAGCUUUAGGAGGAAAUCUUGUUGUACUUUUACUUAUUCUUACCUUACCAAUGACGAUGCUUGCGACUUGAUAUGCUCACUCUCCUUCCACCUUGAAGCCUUCUUAUACCCUUCGGCGGGAGAAGCUUAUCUUCUGUCCGACCUGAUUCAAAGGGCCUG